CUGAGUAGGUACCAUCAGUUGAUGACUGUACGUCGGAGUGCGCGCACGUGUUGCUGUUUGCUCCCGCUGUGAAUAUAAAUAAAUAGUGCUAGUGAUGUGAUUUGUGCUGUAUUGGAUUUACUGUUAUACAGAUGGCGUAGAAAACCGGUCGCAGAGAUCCAACACAAAUGCUUUUUAGCACUCUAAUGGAAGGCGAAACUAUUGCAGCAAACACAAUUAUAUCAUCCAUAAAGAGAUUCAACGCCGAGGGAAAUGAACAUGGAACUAUAAAGUCGCUUCUAAAGAAUUUUAUAUUGCCCGAAAGUGAAAUGGCUAUCAAACAGAAACAUAACUUUAGUGAAAAAUGCGUAUACACGGUACCAAUAAAGCCACCUAUGUCUCCCUCUCAUCAACGGAAAACAGUGAGUGAAGCAAAACAAGCGUUUUUAAACUCCACGCUACGUAACAAUACACACUGCAAGGAAAAUAAGCGAGAACCAACGUUACAUUACGCACAAUUAGCUAUAAGUACGGGAAGUGAUGACACAAGAAGUACAGGUGGAGGAAAAUAUACGAAGGAAUUUACAAAUGCUCAGAAAUAUAAGGAACGAUCUCUCCCAAUAGAUAUUCCUUCAUCCACCAAGAGAAAGAGUGAAAAUCAGCAGCAAAGGAAAGUCAGUUUCAAAAUAAAAAAUGCCUCUUCGUCCUACCGUCGGGCACCGCUAGUAACAACAAUGACGAUCACGAGCAGUAAAGUGUCAGAAUUGACCAAGAAAUUUAAUGACCUAGUUAAUACUAGUUCACCAGGCUCAGUGAAACAGUCUAAACUGGUCAAAACAAUUGAAGAUUUACAAUCUGCAUGUUCAGCCAGUAGUAGUUCUACCCCUUCGUCCACGCUUAGCUCCAGUCCAAAUAUAAAAAUUGUUGUUCGACAUAGAAGAGGUUCCAAAAAGCGACCAAACAGUAGGAAAAGGUGCUCCAGCAUGGAUUCCAUUGAUAAAUUAAUUUUAUCUGAUAAUUCUAACAGUAAGAUUCGUAUAAUUCGAUCUAAAUCUGAUGGUAAUAAAAUACCAAAAUCACCAAAAAAACAAGCUGAAUCAACUGGACAAAGUGGAUCAGAUUCUGUGGACGGAUCACCAGUAAAAUGUAUUAAUGAGGUUCCGAGAUCACAAAAAGAGAGCAAUGUUGUCAAAAACGUCAUACAAAAAUUCGAAUGUGAAAUUAACGCUCAACUUAAUAAAAGCAAUAUUGUUAAAAGAAACCCUUUAAAAGCCAAUAGUACAAUAACAAUCAAAGAAAAACCAAAAGUACCUGAAAAAAAGUCGUCACUAGUAUUAACAAAAAAUGUCGUACUAAAAGACGGGGUCCCCAAAAUUAAAACAAUUAAACCCGUUCUAGUCGAUGAAUCAUCGAAACAAGCUUCUCGUCUCUCACCACCACCUGAACUAUCGAAGAAGAAGGAGCCUAUUUAUGAUAAGAAAAGGUUUAAAACAAAUUACAUACAUUCGGAAAAGUUACCAUUGCACGUUGUUGAAAUAAUCCACGAAGAAAUAAACGACGUUACCUCAACGUCUGCUUUACCUGUAAAAGAAGAAAAGGUUCUUAAUGAAACACAAAAUUCUAUAGAAGACAAAUCUAUAUACCAGGAUAUAGAAAGUCAAAUAACACCUAAUGAAUCAUUUUUAUGGAGGAGAAAAAGUAGCCAAAUUUAUUCAGAUUCCGAAAAAUCAAUAUCUGAAAGUCCUUAUGGUUUCGUAAGUGUCAUAUUGAAUGAAUCCACAGUUUCUUGUACUGAUGAACAAAACAGUUCUGCUACAGAGGAUUCUAAAUCGAACGAAGUAUCUGAAUCUCAAUCAACUUUAAGAGGUAGUAAUCUCGAACCUAGCUCAGAUUUUGAAUCAAAUCUAAUAGAAGCACUUAACAAAGAAGUAAUAGUAGGUUUUAGCCCUAAACCAGCAAAAGAAAGUGAGGCAGAGGAUGAUUAUGAACCUCUAGAACCGCGAGAUGAUAACAUCGUAGUUGUAGCAGUAAAAAGCGAUAGAACUUCUAAAAUAAACUGUCCUUUACCUGAGAUUCCUAUAGAAGUGCCACUAAGUCCACCCACCACGCCACCCGAAGAAAACAUAUACCAAUGCCUUUUAGAGAUGCGGUCACACCCUGAGGGGGAUGAAAGCAGUCUACAUAAUUAUGAAACUUGUGGAAGCCAACUCGAGGAACGAACAAGAGGCGAUGGCGACAGUGACGAUGGUUAUGAGUAUUGCAAGUCUCCCGUAAAGCCCUACUGUCUUACAUCCAGUUCUGGUAUUCAAAUUGCUGAGAACUAUAACCCAUACUCAGCUAAUAACAAAAAUUACGCUAUAACCAAAUCUGUCAGCGGCACCUCAACGGUGAGUUACGAGAAAAUAGGUUCGGAUAGGAUCUAUGAAAAGAUACCCCCACGCCCAAUAAAAUCAAAAGAGAGCAGCCCAACCAGCAAACGCGAUUCCAUAAUCUCAGAUUGCUACAAUGAAAACAUUUACGACACAAUCAAGCAUGCAGACGGGGUGUCGUUAUCACACUGUUAUGAGAGCAUACCCAACAGCCCGAGUAUGGCAAAGAUAAACAAUAAUGCUAAAAAGCAGAUAUCAGCGGUACAAAAGCGCCUCUCGUUUGACACAGUGUCAAAUAUCAGCCAAUCUACGUUAUCCAGUGAACAGAAGACAAAUAGUAUUUAUGGGCAAAGAUCGGUGCUCAGUUAUAAUGGACAAGAAAUAGUAUUCCAAGUGCCGAGCAGUGAGACGAGCGCUAGUGGCCGAAGCGACAGGAGCGAUGACUGGGUGGACAUUUCAGACGAGGAAAAGACUGAGGAGAAGAAAAUAAUUAUCGUUCAAGAAAGGAGUCGGGGACGCAAAUCGCAUUCCGGGUGGUCGCAGAAAGUUAGACAUCAGUGGCAGAAUUCACCAAAACAGAGCGAAGAAAAAGAUUGCGACACAAGCGACUCCGGUCAUCUCUACGAGUCGCUGGAGCCCGCGACGCCUCCGCGCCCAGCUAGGCCUUCGCCCCCAGCGCCUCCCGCACACCCCGCGCACCCUGUGGGGGGCACACCAGCCUUGAUAGACGAUGAUUUCGAUUCGUUCGACAGCGAUACUGAUGACGAUGACAGGAGUGUGCAACCCCAAUCGCCGCCAGCGUUGCCGGCUUCAAGGCUUCCAACCCCGCCUAACGGAGGAGGGCAAUACACGUUAACAAAAAUUGCGAGCGCGGCCCAGAAGAAAAUGAGGCAGAUCAAAAGAAAUCUCACUAAACGUUAUUCAGUCGCCAUGGACGCAAAGACAUUUACGAAGUCAAACCAGAACCCCACAUACGACGUACCGAAAAACCAGUCCAAGACAAAAUCGCCUGUAUACGAGAACUACCAAAAGCCGGAAAUCCAGCACCUCUACAGUAACAUCAAUUUCGAUAAGCAUAAGACUGAAAAUCCCCUGGCAAAGAUAACUGGGACGUUCAAGGAGGAACUAAAAACUGUGAUGGAUAAGAAAGACAGAAGCGAGAAGCGCUUAAGUUCAGAAAUGCCGCCUCCAUUGCCGGAGAAGGUACAAGAGAAACCAACAACGCCAACUGAAGUGAAGAAGGAUAGCGGGACAUUGUCUAGAAAGGCGUAUUUCUCUUUUAAAUCUAGAUUUAGACGCGCCACGUCAAUGGCGGUGGAUAUCAAUGAUGUGCCUAGCGCGUUGAAGAUCACCAAUUCGACAUUCUACUUGACCGACUCCAUGGAUGGUGACUCGGGUUUCAGUAAUUGCAGCGACAGUGCGAACACCGAAGCCCUAUCACCACACAGCCGAGGUACGAGACUCCGGCCCGGCUGGGCCGAGUCCUCCCCGUGCCUCGCGCUCGAGCGGCCCUCCCUCCCCCCGCCGCCGCCGCCCGCCCCGCACCCGCACACUGACCUUAGCGCUGUCAACGAAGAACUGAAACGGCUGUUGCCGACGCUAUCGAGGAAGGAGAAGACGCCGCGCACACGCACCUCGUGGUACGCGGAGUGUGGCGCUGACACUGCGCCCGCGCAUACUUCCAACUCUUCGUGGUAUGCAGAAGCGGGUCUGUACCCAGCGGGCAACAUCUCGUCCUCUUCAGGCGCAUCCUCCGGCUCGCACCCGGCGUCUCCACUGCCGCACUCGCUGUUCACCCACGAGCCACUGUAUCAGUUCUACAACGCUGCUAAGGUCGAGUCCGCGUGCCGCGAAGGCGACUCCGACUCCGACGCGUACGAGGCGGGCGGCUCCACCUGCAGUGCGACGCGUCCCUCCGCUAUGGCGCUUGUGGCGCCGCGCGGGCCCGCUCGCACGCUCUGGUGCGAAGUGCCGGAGGUCGUGAACUCCGCUGUGCUAAGUUCACUCGCCCCGGCCCAGAAGAAGCUCCAAGAAGCCAAGUUCGAGCUGCUCACAUCGGAGGCGUCUUACCUCAACUCGCUCAACGUGCUGGAGACGCACUUCAUCUCGCACCCCGCCUUCAGAGAGCCCGGAGUGCUGUCCAAGGAGGACUGGGAGACUCUGUUCGGAACUAUUAUACCUGUGCGCAAAUGCUCCCAAAUGCUGCUCGCGGACAUGGAGCGGUGCUGGCAGGAGAACAUCCUGCUCGCCGGCAUCUGCGACAUCGUGCGCUCGCACGCCGAGCACGCCGCCGCGCUCGCCCGAAUGGAGAGGCACGCGGCGUGCCAGAGCCUGUCGCUGCACUCGUUCCUGAUGCUGCCGAUGCAGCGCGUGACGCGGCUGCCGCUGCUGCUGGACGCCGUGCUGCGCAACCUGGCGCCCGCCGACCGGGAGUACGACGGCUGCAUGCACGCGCUCGCCACGCUCAACGACUUCGUGUCGCAGUGCAACGAGGGCGCGCGCAGCACGGAGCGGCUGGAGGAGAUGUGGCGGCUCAGCGCCGCCAUACACUUCCCGCCGUCUCUGCGCGCCGCGCCGGACCUCGCGCCCGCGUGCUCGAGGCGGGACCGCAAGCCAGUCCGUUGGUUAGUUCGUUCUGGUGAAAUGACGCACCUUGUGUGGAAGACGGACGAACUCAAGCUCACGUUUGGCAAGAAGUUCCAGAAAGUUCCCCUGCAUCUCUUCCUGUUUAACGAUCACCUCGUCAUCACCAAGAAAAAGAGCGAGGAGCACUACGUGGCAGUGGAGCACUGUCCGCGCUCGCUGGUGGACGUGUGCUCCAGCGACGCGGCCGCCAGCGCCAAGCACGCGCUGCUGCUCACCCUGCUCGAGAACCACGAGGGGCGCACCAUCGAGAUGCUGAUGUCCUGCGCGAGCGAGACGGACGCGCAGCGGUGGGGCGAAGCCCUGUCGCCUGCGGGGGGCGGCGCCGGCGGCGACGCGGUGUACGCCGGCUGGGACUGCCCGCAGGUGGCGGCGCUCUACGCCUACCGCGCGGCGCAGCCCGACGAGCUGGCGCUGGCUGAGGGUGACAUCGUCAACGUCACCAGGAAGACCAGCGAAGGCUGGUACUACGGCGAGCGCACGCGCGACGGCGAGGCGGGCUGGUUCCCCGGCUCGUACACGGCCGAGAUCGCGUCGCCGCACGUGCGCGCGCGCAACCUGCGCCAGCGCUACCGCUUGCUCGCGCUCUCCGGCACUUAUCUGGGGCAGAAGAAGCGGCCCACUUGAACCCUGUGAACUUGUAGUCUUUUUACCAUUUGACCGUUUGACCAUCCGGUCGUUUGACCUUUGGACAAUGUGAAUUAUUGUAAUGAAUGUUUAUUUUACUGUGAAUAAAUUAUUUUACUGUUUCUACACGAUAUUCGAUAUAUUGAAAAUGUGUUUCACGUAUUUUUAUUUUGUAUAUACCAGAUAUAUUUUAUUCUCUGGACUGUGUCUGUGUGGUCGCAAUCUAAGGAUAGUUUACACGAAUAUCAUUUGUGUUGACUGACUCGUGUUUGCACUGUUUUAAUAAUAUUUGUAAGCCGUCCAAACACUGCCUGUGUAAAGCACUAAAAGUUAGGUAUUAAGUCUCGUGAUACGCCCGCUGAGUUAGUGGUGCUUAUUUACGAAGUUAUAUUAGCGAUUAUCACUCUAUGAGAGUAUAUAAGUGUGUACAGUUACGUAUGAGAUUUGAAACAAGUUAUUGUACAUAAAGAAUGUGUAAGAUAAGCUUAAAUUUCGUUUUACCAUAGAUAGAUAUCGCUACGGUGUGUCUAUGGCUGCCUAUUUUUUUUUUUUUAUUAAUUUCGUGAUCUAUGCUUACUUGGCCGCUAUUAAAAACUACUAGUCAAUAGGCGGUCGAGUAUAUAUUUUUUUUAAUCUUUUUUCAAAACAUUACACAAUUAAUUCAUGUAACAUUCCACGUGAAUUAUUCGUUAGACUACUUAGAUUUAUGUAUGUAUUAUAAUUUGAUAAGACGUCACUUGAGUGUAAACGACCAUAAUAUUAGUUUGUACUUAAAUUUAAUUUAUUUCUUAGAAAACAU